UGCCCUUAACCUAAUAUUCUCCAUCGCAUUUCUCUCCUCUCGUUGCAACCUGUUCCCAAACGACGCCAACGCCGCACCUCGCCCGACGCCGAACGUCGCCACCUGCCGAACGCCUCCACCUCGCCGAACGUCGCCACCUCGUCGGGGAUUCGAAGAUCCCCUUCCUCCCCGAAUCUGAACGCCUCCACCUUCCCAGUAUCGUUGUACCGGUGACCUAGGUUUUUCGACCGGAUCACGAACCGUUGAAUCUCCUCCCCACGCUCACCACCAGAAAAGCAUGGCACGACCUCCUUUUAAUAGCAGAAGUCAAAAUUUAAUGUGCACAUUGUGGGUUACACAUAUUAUACUUAUGGCUGUUAUGGUUCUCAUAUUCUAUCAACAUUCGUAUCGAAUAUAUCGACGUACUAAAAUUUGCCGAAUAAAAAAUAAGGAAGAAAAACGAAUUAAGCGAAUGCAAUGGAUAUUUAGCCUUACAAAAGAGAGUGAUGCAUUUUGUAUUAGUGAACUCCGCAUGGAUAGACGAACCUUUGAGAUAUUAUGUGAUAUGGUAAGAGACAUUGGGGGAUUAAAAGACACAAGAAAUGCGUCUGUUGAUGAAAUUGUUGCAUUUUUUAUCUAUGUUCUGGCACAUCACAAGAAAAACAGAACAAUUAGUCUACUUUUUCAUCGAAGUCAAGAGACUGUGAGCCGUCACUUCAAUCUGUGUCUUCAUGCAAUUUUGAAGCUUCACCACAUAUUACUCCAAACACCAGAACCUAUAUCCGAAAACUGUGAAGAUGACAGAUGGAAACCAUUUAAGGGUUGCUUAGGCGCGUUAGAUGGUACUUUUAUUCCAGUAACACCUCCUAAAGAAGAAAAACAACGUUAUCGUACAAGGAAAGGAGGUAUAGCGACAAAUGUGUUGGGAGUAUGUUCCCCAAAUAUGCAAUUUAUAUAUGUGUUACCUGGAUGGGAAGGUUCUGCUCACGACGGUCGUGUUCUUCGUGAUGCCAUUAGUAGGCCUACUGGGCUUAAAGUUCCUCAAGGUUGUUACUACUUGGUGGAUGCUGGUUAUUGUAAUUCUUCUGGAUUUCUUGCGCCUUAUCGUGGACAUAGGUAUCAUCUUAAUGAGUUUGAUGGUCAUCGACCCGAGACUCCGGAAGAAUAUUUUAAUAUGAAGCAUUCUCGAGCAAGAAAUGUAAUUGAGAGGUGUUUUGGUUUGUUGAAGGGGCGUUGGAAAAUUCUAGCAUCCCCUUCUUUCUUCCCAAUACAAACCCAAGUCCGUAUUAUUAUUUCCUGUUGUCUACUCCAUAAUCUGAUUCGCAAAUUUAUGAGUACAGAUCCUCAGGAAUCUAUAGAGGAUGAUGAAGAAAGCGAAGAUGAGGAAAGCGAUGAUGAUGAUGAAGUGGAAUACAUACGAACAAUUGCCCCAACUGACCAGUGGAAUGCGUUCAGAAAUAAUAUGGCAAUUGAAAUGUUUAAUAAUUGGAGAAAUGGAGUUUUUAAUAUGGGAUGACUAUUGCAUAUGUUUGUGAUUUUAUUGUAUUUUUAUUAGAACAUUUUCAAUUUGAUGUGGGAUGUUGUAUGACUCUGCUAGCUGUCUUAUGUACUGCCUAACUGUUUCAACAUUAUUUGAUAUUUAUAUUUUUGAGUUGUUAUAUAA